AUGGAGAAGUAUGAGAAAAUCAAAGUUGUCGGAAGAGGAGCUUUCGGGAUCGUUCACCUGUGCCGCAGGCGCAGCGACGGGGCCUUUGUCAUCCUGAAGGAGAUCCCAGUGGAGCAGAUGUCACGAGAUGAACGCCUGGCGGCUCAGAACGAGUGUCAGGUCCUGAAACUGCUCAACCAUCCAAAUAUCAUAGAGUACUAUGAGAACUUCCUGGAAGACAAGGCCCUCAUGAUAGCUAUGGAGUAUGCACCAGGUGGAACUUUGGCUGAUUACAUACAGAAGCGCUGUAACUCUCUGCUGGAUGAGGACACCAUCCUUCACUUUUUUGUUCAGAUCUUACUUGCACUGUAUCACGUCCACAACAAAUUAAUCUUGCACAGAGACCUUAAGACCCAAAAUAUUCUUCUUGAUAAACACCAGAUGAUCGUCAAAAUUGGUGACUUUGGCAUCUCCAAAAUCCUUGUCAGCAAGAGCAAAGCUUACACAGUGGUUGGGACCCCAUGUUACAUCUCCCCGGAGCUGUGUGAGGGAAAGCCAUAUAACCAGAAGAGUGACAUCUGGGCUUUGGGCUGUGUGCUGUAUGAGCUGGCGAGCCUGAAGAGAGCCUUCGAGGCUGCAAAUCUACCUGCCCUCGUUCUGAAGAUCAUGAGUGGAACAUUUGCUCCAAUUUCUGACCGGUACAGCCCAGAACUCCGACAGCUCAUCCUCAACAUGCUCAAUCUGGAUCCAUCCAAACGGCCUCAGCUCAAUGAAAUCAUGGCUCUUCCCAUAUGCAUCCGGCCCCUGCUUAAUCUCUACACAGAUAUAGGCAAUGUCAAAAUGCGCAGGAUUGAGAAGCCAUUGUCUACUGUGCAAACUGGUCCUCAGGGCCGAGCAGGAGGGAGAGUUCCUACCAACAGGUCCAGAGAUGGAUCAGUGGGUUUAGGAUCAGGGAAGGUGCACUCCCUCCCGCUGUCGUCGGUGUACACAUGGGGAAGUGGAAUCUCAGCACCUCUCCGCCUGCCGAUGCUCAACACUGAGGUGCUUCAGGUGUCUCUGGGCCGCACUCAAAGGAUGGGGGUGACCAAGUCUGGCCGUCUGAUUACAUGGGAGGCUCCAUCAGUGGGUUCUGGUGAGGCCAGUCUGCCUGGUGUGGUGGAGCAGAUGCAGCCUCAGUUCAUUUCACGUUUUCUUGAGGGUCAGUCUGGAGUCACCAUCAAGUCUGUGGCCUGUGGGGAUCUUUUUACCACCUGCAUGACAGACAGGGGCAUUAUCAUGACAUUUGGAAGUGGGAGUAAUGGCUGUCUAGGACAUGGUAACUACAAUGAUGUAACACAGCCCAAGAUAGUUGAGGCUCUUCUCGGCUACGAGCUGGUUCAGGUGUCUUGUGGUGCUUCCCACGUACUCGCUGUGACCAAUGAAAGAGAAGUAUUUGCCUGGGGAAGAGGAGACAAUGGUCGCCUCGGGCUCGGCACCCAGGACACACACAACUCUCCACAGCAGGUGUGUUUACCUGUUGAAUUUGAGGCCCAGAGGGUGAUGUGUGGAGUAGACUGCUCCAUGAUUGUCAGCACUCAGUACAGCAUUAUGGCAUGUGGAAGCAACAGGUUCAAUAAGCUUGGGCUGGAUAAGAUAACACCUGGAGACGAACCAAAUCCCUUGAAUCAGGUGGAAGAAGUCCAUUCUUACACUCCGGUCCAAUCAGCCCCACUCGACAGUGAGAAGAUUGUUCACAUUGACAUUGGGACUGCCCAUUCUGUCGCUGUUACAGAAAGGGGUCAGUGUUUUACCUUUGGUAGCAACCAGCAUGGUCAGAUGGGCUGUAGUUCCCGUCGUAGCAGCCGUGUGCCCUACCCGGUGCCCGGCCUGCAGGGCAUCACCAUGGCUGCCUGCGGAGAUGCUUUCACGUUAGCUAUCGGAUCUGACGGGGAGGUGUACACCUGGGGAAAGGGGGCCCGCGGCCGCCUCGGAAGAAAAGAGGAGGAUUCUGGGAAACCGAAGGCGGUGCAGCUUGACGAGAGUCACCCAUUCACGGUGACAUCGGUGGCUUGUUGUCAUGGCAACACUCUGCUGGCAGUGAAACCUUUGCUUGAGGAACCCGUCCUGAGAUGAUUUUGUCCUAAAAACAAACCCACACCCACUCAGCGGUCGUCAUGAAGCCCUGCGGUGGCAUGAGGUGAAGCUUCCUCUGAAUAUAACUCCUCCCAGAGGCCCAUCUGUGCUGUAGCUGAAAGAUUCCCUUUCACGCUGCAGCUGCGGCCUCAGAUUCUCACUUGGUCUUCCUCUAUCUAGUUUUUUCCCCUCUCUCUCUCUCUCUCUCUCCAGGAAUGAAUGUCGGUUUCAUUCGGCGGUUUGAUAUCAUGCAGCAAAGCACUAAAAGGUGUUACCCUGUGUGCUGCAGCAGGUGUAUCUCACAACAGGUUAGUCAAAGGACUGUUGCAACACUGUUUCGGAAGCUGGAUUACAGGAAGUCAUUAGGCAGCUUUCGUGUGACAAGCUAUUGUCCUCUCUCACAUGCAGAGUUAGCAUGAUAAAGACCAGCAAAAGUCAAACUGGUUUGAGCUCCCUUAAGACACCGGUGAAUGAGAUGACACAAGGCACAGAAAUGAAAACAAUGAAAGCCACUUGAGUGUCAUCAGUCGAAUGAACCAAACAGUUUAAUCUCUAACACAUCGUCAGCGCUCACAUUGGGCUUUAUUGGAUUAGUCCCCCAAUACAUUUGUAAGCGUUCAAACCAGAUAACGAUGUGUUAUUCAGAGUUCAACUGAUCAACGACUUUAAGAUUUAAUGACUGUGUCCGAAAUCACUCACUCGGUCACUGCUCUUAUACAAUAGACACUCUGCAGUUUACUCUGCGGGGACGAGUAAAUAUUGAGUCGAUGAAUCAUGUACUAUUUCUUCCUUGCUGACAACUAUCAGAUGUGACAAAUUGCAUUGUGGGAUUGUUGACAGAAAGUUGUUUUUGUACCAUUGUAAGAAUCUUUGAGGGCACUAUGUGGAGUAUAAAUGUCAGAAAAUCGUGGAAAGUUAAUAAAGUGCACUGUUUAGUAAAUGAAGUGUGAUAACAGAUAUAAGUUUACAUUUGUGGAACUCAUUGAAAUAAGAUUUAAAAAACUAAUAUAUAUUGUGCAGACUGUAUUCAUAGGAUGACCUAAGAUAGUUGAGCAAUGAAAUCUGCAGAAGUGAUGAAAUUAGCAAUGUUAUGAGAUUUCCAUGGUAUGAUUACUGUCGCAGAAAUAUCAGGGUAUACAUAUUAAACAGUUAUUAGUAUUAUCAGCUGCAAUGACCCUUAACGUGAUCCAAACAGAAGGAUUUUUAGUUGGACAAACACUUUUUUAAAUUGUGUAUUGAAGCUUGAAACCAUUUUUUGAUGGAAGUAUGUGUGAAAUGUUUCCCUUCUGAAAAUAAAUAUUUUUCAUUACUGUUGACAGCAAAGUCACAUGGUGUAAUUGCUGUCAAUUUGCAUACAAUGGUACACCACAGUGUUUGUUAAAAGUCCCGCAUUCAGUACUUUACAUUCUUAAAAGUAGAUAAGUAUUAGCAUCAAAAUAUAAAAGAUAAAAGUACUCAUUAUGCAGAAUGGGUCAUUUCAGAAUACUCUGUAUUAUAUUAUUUGGAUUGUAAAUCGCGAUGCAUUAAUGUGUAAGCAUCACUUUAAUGCUGUAGCUGGUAAAUGUGGGGCUAAUUUUUAUAUUUCUUAUAUAUCUUAAUGUAACAGUUGAUUAUGUGUUGUUUGAAUAAUCUGCAUCUACAAAGUAACUUGAGCUGCCAAAUACAGUAAAUAUAGUAAAUAGUGAAGUAUAUAGAUAUAUAUAAGCAUAUAGUGACGUAGAAGGUACAAUGUGUGCCUCUGAAAGUAGUGUUGUAAAAGGAUAAAGUACUUUAAAAUGGAAAUAUUUAACUGAAUUACCUCAAAUCUGUACUUAAGUACGUUUUUUCCCCGUAAAUGUACUUAGUAUUUUAUAUUAAAGCUUUUACUGUCAUGACGAAAAAAACGAAAAGAUCCUCACAUGGGUCGGUUGGUUUCUGGAUAUCUGAAACUAAAUAUUAAAAGCAUAAAAUAAAUCCUAUAUUUUAUAUGAGAAGAUGGUUUCACAGUGAAUAAUAAUCAGUUACACUUCGAUUUUUCAGAGUAUGCAACAUUUCUCAUUGGUACUAUGUCUAGAAACCAAAAAAGGAAACAUCCUUAUCAUGACUGAAGAUGGAGUUUAAAAUGAAUCACUAACCUACAGUAUAGUGCUGGAUCUCAGUGGCAGUGAUUACCUUUUAUUCAGCCUCCACAGCCCCCAUUAUUCUCCCAUUAAUCAUUAUGUGAUUUUCACAGAGCUAUUAUCAGUUUAUAUGAUAAUUGUAAUUAUUAUUCUAUACAUUAUAUUACAGGUAUACUUUACAUUGAUAUGUGUUUUUCCUUACAGCGUAUUCAUAAAUAUUUAUAAUGAGAAAUGUUUCAAAAUAUAUUUGCAUUUUUAAAGUUAUAACACCAUAUUUCUGAAGUGCUCCCACCUUUUCUGAGGACAUGGAUCUGUCCACAUUGUUGUCUUGUAUGAUGAUGUAAUGAUGAUGUAAUCCGGUGGCAAUACAGCAGGUGAAAAAUGAUCUAAAUAUGUGGAUGUGUGCUCUAUUUCUACUCUCAUAAACUCAUGACCAGAUUGUUGUUUUGUUUUGCUUUUUUUCCCACGAGUAUAACAAUGUGAGU